CUGAGUGCGUGUUUCACCUAUAUAUUACUCAUAUUUUAUAAAUCCUAAGUUAUAUGAAUGUCAUUUCAUUACAUUUCGUCUCAUUUUUUUUUUAUCACUAAGGAAGACUUAGGACACAAACAGCUGAUGUUCACCUGAAAGCAAUGGAAACCACUUCAGAAUAGUAAACAGCAGGUAACUGUAAAAAUUGCGGAUUAUUUAUUAUUGUCAUUCAUCCGUUAUAAAUUUUCACUAUCCAUUUAGGCAAUAGAGAUAAUAUUAAAAAAAUUAUUAUAAAUAUUAUAAAAUAUUAAAAAGAUUUAUAAAAUGAAAAUUUUUUACAUUUUUAUUAUUAUUUUUAAUUAUUAUUUGUUGUUGUUAAUCCAAUUUAUUGUAAUAAUUUUUUAAACUAACACCAUGUCAUAAAACCGAAAUGUCCAAAAUCAUGACUUGAAAAUUAAAUUAAUUUUAAUUCAUUACUUCCUAUAAGCUUUAUUUUCGGGUUAUAAAUCAACUAAUUAAUUUUUUUUUUUUUACAUUUCAAAAACUUUAUUCAUUUCAUUUAGAACGAAGGCUAGAUAUUGUCGAAUGAAUUAUAAUAAACUAUAAUUCUAUGGGGCUUUCAUUUUAAGAGAAUUAUACAGGGGCGUCAUUUCAGUGUGGUUUUUCUAUGGGGGCGGGGGCAAAAACCAAAACUUGGUCGGCUUGUUAAGUUGUUGAUUACUGGAGGCGCCACAGUAAAUAGCAAUUUAAAUAAAACCUGCAAACUCGUGGGGCGGAGGCUCAAAUGCCCUAAACAGCCCUACCCAAAAUGACGUCACUGCAAAUAUAUUAUGUUUUUUAAAAAUAUUGUAUACAAUAAAGUCUCUCAUUUUGAAUUGUUGUUUUGACGUUUUUUUUUUUACAACUUGUAUUUUGUCCAUCGCUGAAUUAAUUUUUUUCCCAAUUAUUUGAGGUAUAGGCCAUUUAAUAAAUUAUUAUUUUAUAUAUAUAUAUAUAUAUAGAGAGAGAGAGAGAUAGAGAGAGAGAGAGAGAGAUAGAGAGAGAGGGAGAGAGAGAGAGAGAUUAAAGAACCGGACAUUUUGGGUUUCAAAUGUAAUAUUUUGUUUUGUUAGUAUACAUUCAUGCAGGUUUUUUGAUGUUUGACACCCCCCCUCCCCCCUCCCCCACCCCAAAAAAAAUUAAAAAAAUCCCUUCCCAUCUUAUUUCAGGUUAUUGACCCUGUCAAACGGCUCAAUUGAAAUCGACUGCGAGAACUGACCGAUAUUUUAUACCAUGAUGCGUGUUACCUUUUCAUUACCAUUAUAUUUACAAGAAUGCCCUUUAAUUCAUGAAUUAUUUUUUUUUUUAAAGGCAAAGAAUUAAUUUAGGAUGUUUAAACUAGCUACAAUAAGUUAUUAGGUUUAUUUAUUGUGAACGUCAUUUCUUUACCUUUACCACUUAGUUUGUCAAGAGAAACACAUUAACUAUCGACAAGGAAUGCAUUCGAUCCACCGAGAUACCAGUUUUCAAUUAUUUAUUUCAUUUUUUAAAAAAUGGUCCCUUUACAUUACCAUCUGUUUUAGAAGUUUUUUUUUAAUUAUAAAAACGUUUUUUUUUAAAAUUGAAGCUAAUAAAAGCUAGAGGAGGUUAUUUGUAAUGCUUAGAUAGGAGUUCAUGACCUUUUAUGGCAGCGCCGCACCCACUUGUGAUUUAGGGACAUUCCCCACACCCACUUGUGAUUUAGGGACAUUUCCAACACCCACUUGUGAUUAAGGGACAUUCCCCACACCCACUUAUGAUUUCAAGACAUUUCCCACACCCACUUGUGAUUUAGGGACAUUUCCCACACCCACUUAUGAUUUCAAGAUAUUUCCCACACCCACUUGUGAUUUAGGGACAUUUCCCACACCCACUUAUGAUUUCAAGAUAUUUCCCACACCCACUUGUGAUUUAGGGACAUUUCCCACACCCACUUGUGAUUUAGGGACAUUUCCCACACCCACUUGUGAUUUAUGGACAUUUCCCACACCCAUUUAUGAUUUCAAGACAUUUCCCACACCCACUUAUGAUUUCAAGACAUAUCCUGCACCCACUAUUGACUUGAAUUAACUCUGACUCGAUUAAACAACAAAACAAUGAAAAGAUGCUAAUAAUACUGAAAAUAAUCGUGGAACCUGAUUUCCUGGGUCUCCCCGAACUCAUUGGCUCUGCCUCACGCAACCCUAGGAAAGAGGCACCUCUGCUUAAGAAGCUCCAGCCUAAAGCUUAAAAUAUAUCACAGGCAAUAAGGGGAGAGACUGCACCCACUGCAUUAUAUCACAGGCACUUGAGGUUUUUCCCCAAAAUGUCUUCGGGAAGAAUUUGUGAAUGUAAAAUAGGAAUGGCGGAGAACUACACAUGUUUGAGACACACGAAAGGGGAGGUCAUGACAAUGACAAUAAAUAGACUGUCAAAAUUAAAAAUACCAUUGCAACAUCAGGUUACUUGAUUUAUAAGCUCAUACAUUCAUUGAGGUCGUCACCAGCUGGCGGUCCACGCAUGGAAGAGAAAAGCCAUGGAUUGAUCCGAAUGGAAGGAUGUGGUGGUGCAGGUACGUGAGGGCUGUACCGCCACAGAUGAGGAUGAUACAGUUCUUAUAGGCAGUGAUACCUUCUCCUCUAAAUUUUUGCUCUAGUUUAAGUUUGAAAAUUCUCUGUCUUGAUGUGCUGUUUUACUUGAGUCGUUUCAUUUACCUUUUUUUAACCAGGGUCUCCCAAAUUAUUCUAUAUUCUGCACCCCUACGAGAUGUUUCACUGUAUCUUACACAUUCCACAAAGUAACAAUGAAUUUUAACAUUUAAAAAGUGGAUUUAUAUAUUUAAAAAAAAAAAAAUUACAUUAACGGUGACACUUAGAAAAUAAAAUUCGUAUGUAUUUACUAUAUUACAUUAAAUGUUUAUUAAGAAGAACAAAAUAUAAACAUUAAGAUUAUAAGCAAAAAAAAAAGUCAAUGGUUCCUUUGCUCCUAUAAACCACCUCUCGUUACAUCCCUUAAAAUGCCACCCGACGCCGCCUGAGGAGACUAGCACACCAAGUUGGGAAGCCCUGGUAUCAAACUAGAUUUAUUUUCAUCAUGUCAAUGUUUUACGAACUUUUUUAACGUGUACUAUCUAUACAAUUAGCGUUGUAGUUUGUAGUUAAGUUAUGUGUGAAAUUGUUUUUACAUUGCGUGUAUAAUUAUGUGUGAAAUUAUUUUUACAUGGUAUAGUUAUGUGUAAAAUUAUGUUUAAAUUGUUUGUAUAGUUUUGUGUGAAAUAACUGCACAUUGUUUGUAUAAUUAUGUGUGAAAUUAUUUUUUCAUUGCAUUAUAAUUAUGGAUGUAACAUUUUUUUUACAUUUUUUUUUGGUAUAAUUAUGUGUGUAAUUAUUUUUACAUUGUUUGUAUAGUUAUAUGUGAAAUUAUUGAACUUUGUACAGUUAUGUGUGAAAUUAUUUUUACCUUGCUUAUAAUAAGUAUGUGUGUUACUAAUUUUACAAUAUUUGUAUAAUUAUCUGUGUAGCUAUUUCUUACACUGUUUGUAUAUUAACGUGUAGAAUUAUUGAACAUUUUUUGUAUAGCUGUGUGUGAAAUUAUUUUUAAAUUGUUUGUAUAAUUAUAUGUGUAUCUACUUUUACAUUGUUUGUAUAAUUAUGUGUGAAAUUAUUGAACAUGGCUUGCAUAGUUAUGUGUGAAAUGAUUGAAAAUUGAAUGCGCAGGCAUCAAAAGAAAGCAAAGAAACACGGCCAUACUCAAAGAUUAACUAAUUAUACAAGGAUUGGAGUGCGAUUAAUCAAUACUCAAAGAGCACGAAUUGGAACUGCACUGAGCAAAAGCGGGCAGGGUGUCUUAGCAUAGCCUUUGACAUGAGAACACAUUGUGAAGUGACCUAACUAGAGUCUUGAGUGAUUGGAAAGAAGACUUGGGCCGACAUUGAAAGAGCUGCUACAGACCUGGAAAUUUGGAGAGAUGUCAUUCAAGAAUGCAGGAUUACAAUGAUAUAUUUUUCAAAUUUUUAAAUUGCUUUUUUUUUUUUUUUUUUUUUUUUUUUUUUUGUGGUUUUUUUUUUUUUUUUUUUUUUUUUUUUUUUUUUUUGAGUGGAUAUUAUUUUUGUUCAGUUAAGUUUCGGCUGGGGUUGGGGUAAAUUUGACAACUUUGAUUCAAAAUGAGCACAGAUAACGAUAACUCAACUGUUAAUGUAAUCCCUGCACUACUGCAGUGAAUAUAAUAAUCACACAAUAUCUUUUGGCAUCCCGCCGAUGAUUGACGAGACCCCGGUCUCCCCCUUUCCCCCCUCCCGGAAUGCUUAGCUUUGUGUUGAUUUGUUCAGCUUUUAAUUGCCUGGGUUUGAAUCCCCCCCCCCAUCCCUACACCUCCCUCAGGCCUAGCGUCGACACACUCGACGAGACGCUCAAAACAGACACCAAUUAUUGUCACGCAUGUUUUAGCAUUGGCUUACAUCCUCAUCAACGCUGCCAUUUCAAUUAGAACUAUUUCGGGGUUUGUAUUAUUAACUUUCUAACUCUUAAUUUCAUUUUUUUUUCUUUUCAGAAAUCACUGGAUACAGGGAUUAAAUUUUAAGAGUCUGCACUAUACCAAAAAAAGGGGCCUGCUGUAGGAAAUGCUUUAAAAGACGCAACCGCACUUGAUAUAGGCAGUGAGGAAUAUAGAACAUAUGACAUCAUCACAACCUCUGGAAUUCUUACAUACAAACAAACCCCUGCGAAAUGGCGUCGAACUUUGAAGCGAGUCCAUCAAAUGAACCGGGAAAGGAUUUAAUAGUUUUCGACAGAACCAAAAAACAAGCGCUGUUUUCGAAACACAAAAAUGCCAUCGUGUCGACGCUCGAAGUCAGCGACUUCUCCGACAAUCAAAUAUUUUACUGCGUCGACAAACUGGAAAGAGAAGGAAAGGUGAUCAGCGGCGCGUCCUUAACGAGAGAGUGUUUGGACCUUGAGGUGACGUUCGCUAAUUAUUUGGAAAGAAACGACGACGCGAAAGAAGACGUUACGAUCAGCGAGCUCAUCGCAGUGGAGUCGAGACGCAGUGAACCCGUCGCGUCCCACCCCGCUGCUGGUGGGCACUCAGCGGUUACCCAAACCCCGGCGGCAAGUGGCGGUAGCGACUCCCCGAACCACCGGAAGAAAGCCAAACGGCGAAAUCGGUCUUCCAACAGAAGUCCCGCGAACGUCUCCGCGAACAGUGAACAUUUAAGCCUGCCAGAAAUAAUUUCGAGUAGUCACGUGACGUCUCCGGGGCCCACCCGGACACAUCGGAGCCCCGGCGCCGACCUUGACGUCGUUGACUUUGCAGGUUUGGGAAGUUUUUCGGCCUACGAAGAUCAAGUCGACAAUUUACAAGCGGUCUCGUUUUCUUCGACGUUGGAGCCUAGUCCUGUAAACACGAAACUGGACCAACGAUUGUUCGAAAACGGUGCCAGCGGCUAUGGUUUUUCGGACGCUGAACCCUUGAAGCCGAAGAGCGACGCGAGGCCGAACGAGGGGCAGGACGGCGAAAGAACGCGGGCGGCGCUCGUCAAGGAAUGUUUACACGCGGUGACGAAAGAAAACAACCUCCUGGAGACGACCCGGAUGUGCACCAUGUGCAGGGUCAACCCGAGGGGGAUCACGUUCCUGCCGUGCGGUCAUUUCCUCACGUGCAGAGAAUGCGCCGGACCUGUGUACGUGUGUUCGGUGUGUAAAAAGAACAUCUUGGCCACAGUGGAGACCUACCUUUGUUAAUCUAUAUUGUGUAAUGGAAGAAAAAAAAUGUCUCACUUUCACGAACAUAUGUAUCUGUUAAUUAUGCCUGGUUUAUAUGUAAAAGGUUAUGGCCAAAAUCUCUUGCUUAACUACUUAAAAAAAAUAACAAUUUUUUUUUAUCGACUUACAUCAACUUCUUGUCAUUUAAAAUUAGCGGUUCAGUUUUCAGAACCGAAUAAGAUUGUAUUUCUCUAUUAUGUGAAAUGGCCUAGAUGUCAGUUAAAGGUUAUAGGGGAUAUAUAUAUAUAUAUAUAUAUAUAUAUAUAUUUAGACAUGAAAUUAAAAUACAAGACACACUCUAAGAUUCCUCC